CCAGGUCGCAUUUGCCUUUCAUUCCUCCAUUUCACUGCAUGAGACGGGUGUGGCGUUUGAAAUCAGAAAAGGAAGACCGAUUUUAGAGCAGAUUUCUGUGCGUACAUGUCACACAAUCAAAAGGAAUGGAGCAGUGAGUCGAGAAGAAGCCCUGGGAAGCCUGAAGAUUUAAAAAGAAAUUUCCUUUAGUGAAGACUGACCACAUUCCUAUUCAACAUGACAACAAAAGACCUGCCUUCGGACAGGAUUUAUGCCAAAGCGUUGUCCAAGACGCUCACUAAGGUUGCCUCUCCCCUGACGGUGGGCUUGUACUCAUCAUGCAACAGUCGCAUCAACAUGGUUCUUAGAAACAUAGAGAUUGAAAUGGAGCGAGAGGCUGAGAGAAGAGAGAAGAAGUCACAGGGCAGAUCAAAGCCUCGCCCUGUCCAGACUUCUCUCUGCAGCACCCUGGCUCUCAUCUUCCGGCUCCUCUUCUAUCGACCCGUGUGGACGGAGUACAACCAAGAUCAGAAGAAUGUCCGCUUUGUGUUUGUGAGGUUCAGCGCUUGGCACUUUGCUGGCAGUGAUCUGCUGUGGGCAGGUCUGGUGAUGCGCCUGUGCGUGGUGCUUCAGGAGAAAUUUGGCAAACUCCAACUCGGCCUCUAUCGCAUGGCGCAGCACGAUGAGGAGGUAGUCGAGCAUAAGAAGGCAAUUGAGGACAGCACAGCAAACUGGAGGUCCAAGAAGUUCUGCUGCUUCCCGCUGUGGCUUCUUCUGGCCCUAGUUGUCACUGGCGCGGUGAUCAUCUUGGCUCUCCUUAUUAUGUUUGGCUUUCCAAAGUCUGAGGUGGAAGAAGCUGAGAGUACAGAAGGUGAAGAGAGUGCUGGAUUUGGUGUGUUAGAGGGGUUUGCCAUCGCAACUCUAGGGGUCCCAGCGGCUGGGGCGGUUCGAUUCACCUUCAUGUUGGGGAAAAACCUUGUUUUUAACCAAGACCUCAACAUCCGAAGGAGCAUGGACAACCAGAAAAUGAGCGAGCAGCUAGGCUUCAUGAACGAAGUGCGGAAGGAAAUGAGGCUGCUGUCUAGCUUCAUCCACUUUAUGGAGAUCUUCGAGAGGAGGAAGAUUCGAGUUGUUCUGGAAAUCACCAACCUCGAUCGCUGCACGCCGCGGAAAAUUGUGGGCGUCCUGGACGCCGUGAACAUCCUGCUGUCUGAUGAGGAGAGCCCCUUUAUCUCUCUGCUGGCUGUGGAUCCUGAAGUUCUUGCCGAACAGGUGAACAAUGCUGAGAGUUGUUACGGCCAAAAAGACCAAGCUUUUAGCUUCCUGGAUCGCAUCAUCACUCUUCCUUUUACAGUGCCUCCGCUCUGUGACAAAUCAAAGCGUGAGGUGUUCAGCAACAUUGUCUGCGGACAAUCAGAGAUCCCUGAGGUUUUUCCUCAGAAGGAUGAGGAGAAGCCCAUGCUUUUGGAGAGCCCAAAGAGUUCUAUGUCUCUUGAAGAUGAUUCCUUAUUUAAUGGCAAAGGACUCCUAGAGGAAACCUCUGUACCAUUAACUGCUCAACCCCACCAAGCUCAAGGGCUGAAGGAGGAGGAGAUGGAGUGGGUGAUUCAGGAUGCUUUUAAGAGUGUACUCCAACCCAAUAUAAGCCCCCUGCAUGAAUACAUCUCGGGUGAUACCAUGUCCAUGAGGAGGGUCAUAAACUCCAUCCGGGUAACCGUUGUCAUCAUGGAGGAGCUUGCUCACUUUCAGCUUCCCCCUUCAAAGAGGGUUGCAGCCUGGGUGGUCUUGGCUGAUCGCUGGCCCUGUCGCCUGAGCUGGAUUCUUCAGUGCAUUGAAGAUGCUCAGCAGAGAACUGAAAUCGACCAGGAAGCGGGCAUGGGUUCUGUCCACAUGGACAGCUCCGUGACACUCUGGCAGGUCUUCCGCCAGCAUAGGCUGGAGCUACACCUCAUGAAAGAAGAGGUGGAUAAUCUUCUAGAAAGAGAUGGUGACCCAGAGCUUUUUGAGAAGUUCCUGAAGGUGGAUUUCAUAUUUACAGUGAGUGAGGCAGAGAGGUUUGAGCAAAGCACCGUCAAUCUGGAUCAUUCCAUCAAAAGGGAACUGGCCAGGCUCAGAGGGAGCACCAGACUGAAGGACCCCACAUGGAAGAACACUUUUAAUGCUCUACCCAAACGACAGGUGAUCAACAUGAGUCCAGAGGACAUCUGCAAGGAGAUGUCCCGGGUAGGUCUCCCUGAUAAGUAUGCAGAAGCCGUGAAGUCAAACCACCUGAAUGGGAGGGCGCUUCUGUUUAAUGACCCUGUGGACCUAAAAGAGGUGCUCCAGAUGACCCUUGGGGAGUGGACCACCUUCAAGAUCACCUUCCUCACUGAUGACUCCAGCGCUGGAGGUCAUGAUGAAAGCAGGCCAGCUCUGACGCAGCCUACCAUGACUCUUUGUCCAUCCAGUCCACUCCAUGCUGCAGCAUGUAAAACAAGCAAUGUUUAAAUGGGUCUGACAUGAUGAGGGAUGAGGUCAACUGGCAAUUGUGCUUGAGAGUGAAAGUGUACCUGAAAGUUUAUAAAUUCAGUCUUCCCACUCCAUAUAAGACAGGCAAUGUUGAUUACACCAGGUGCAGAGGAAUAAAGAAAACAAAACGAAACGAAUAAACUAAUAAAAAAACA